ACAACAGACUUCUUCAUGAACCACUUUCAAACAGUCUUUCUCCAUGAACCAAUUCUUCCCUCAAGUCGAUUCGCUCACCCACCGUUACACAAACCACCAUGCCCCACCAAUCUGCUACAACCAUGUCAUCACCUCCUCCCCUUCCAAAAUGGAAGUCUCGGUCGACUUACAUCCCCUGCCGAUCUCCUACAACCACGUCACUCCUACCUCCUCAUUUUUCAACAUAGAAGCUUCCAUCGCUGCCGUUGAGAGCAUCCUCAACUACAGUUUUCGAAACAAACGCCUCCUUGAAGAAGCUUUAACUCACUCUUCUUACUUAGAUUCGGCGUCGUAUCAACGACUCGAGUUCGUCGGCGACGCCGCUCUGGGUCUAGCUCUUACCAACCACGUCUUCUUGGCUUACCCCAAGCUUGACCCCGGGCAACUGUCGUUGAUCCGGGCAGCUAACAUAAGUACCGAGAAACUCGCUCGCGUUGCCAUUAAACACCGCCUUUUCCAGUUCGUCCGACACAAUUCCAUUGGUCUCGAGCAUAAGGUAAGGGAGUUUGCUGAAGUGGUUAGUCAAGAAGAUGAUCCAGUUUCAUAUGGUGGAUCAAUGAAAGCACCAAAGAUUUUAGCUGAUAUUGUGGAGUCUGUGGCAGCUGCUGUUUAUGUUGACAUUGAUUUUGAUCUAACAAAACUGUGGGUGAUCUUUAGGGGUUUAUUGGAGCCUAUAAUUACAUUAGAGCAUUUGCAGCAACAUCCUCAACCAGUGACGGUAUUGUUUGAGUUUUGUCAAAAGCAAGGGAAGCAUGUUGAUAUAAAGCACUGGAACAAUGGGUUAAAAAAUGUUGCUAGUGUUUUUGUAGAUGGGGAGUUUGUUGCCUCUGGUUCUUCCGAGCAAAAGGAAAUUGCAAAGCUUAAUGCAGCAAGGGGAGCUUUGCAUAAGUUGUUGACAUCCAUGCCUGUUGAUGUCAAUGCAUUUGGAAUGGAUGGGAUUACCGAGUCUUUUGAGAUUGAAGGAGCGAAACAGAAGUUGCAUGAGCUCUGCAGCAAGAAAAAAUGGCCCAAGCCUAUUUAUGAGCUUGAGAAAGAUGAAGGUCCCCCGCAUGAGAAGAAAUUCAUAUCUGCGGUUAAAAUUCCAACAGAAGAUGGUAUAUUUUAUACUACAGGGGAUGAAAAGUCCAGAGUAAAAGAAGCAGAGAACUCUGCAGCUUCCUGUAUGAUUCGAUCCCUUCAAGAAUCUGGCUAUCUGUGAUUCUGCUCCUCACUUUACAAGUAUCUCUAUCAUAUCUCUAGCAACAGUUAAUCUUGCUGUAUGUUGUAUUAUUCAACAAUAAAGAAAAAAUUGAUCACCAAAUCUAUCUGCAUCUGUCUUAGCUUAAAUGAAGUUCACCAAGAUGUUGAUGACUGCCUAGAUACAAGGGUUCAGGAAAGCCAACAAUGAGAUCUCUGUUUAUUUGUUGUAUCUGGAAGAACAUUCCAUUUUAGAAUCUCAUGGACACCAACUUUCUUUUUUUUCCUUUUUUCUGGAUCAGAUGUCUUGGUGUUGAAGAGUGAUAUCAGGUAGUCCUCCAACGUAGUGAAUUCAGAAUGUCACUUUGAUGAUAUGCUAAUUUUCUCAAUUUUAAAAUUUUAUGAUGUUCUUCUAUCCCUCAAGGGAUGAUAAUUCUUGUAUCAAUACAAUUUGAUGUUUUCACACUUGCUUUAUUAUUAUAGCAAGUGAUCAACAUAACCAGUUACAGUGGUC